AUGUCUACAUGUACGUCUUCUGUACGUGCCGUAGAAUAUUAUGAUCCUGUUUUUUCAGAUAUUAAACCAGGAAUUUUCUUAUUAGUAAAAUUUGUUGGAGUACGUAUACAAACUGUUUUCAAGUAUGUCUGUUGUGUGUGUGAUGUUCACCAGGAUGAUGAUGAAAUCAUAGUACAGGGUUUUAAAAAAUCUGAUGUACUAGGUACACAGUUUUUGUUCAAAGAAAAUGAUAAAUCAACAAUAAAUUAUGACAAGGUUUGUGCUAUACUUCCUAAUCCUGAAAUUGUUGAUAAAACAAGAAAACUGGUCUAUCAAUUUCCAGGUUAUGUCACAGUUAUUGAAAAAUGA